AUGGCAUCGGUGGCUAGGGGAACUCGGCAGCUUCUAGGAGUACGGACUGGACCAGUGUCCCUGGGGAUCCAGGGUACGGACUACACCGGUGUCCCUGGGAAUCCAGGAAGAGCAGAGCAUAGAAAUCAUGUAAGAGCUGGGGAAGAGCAGCCUCGACUGGGUCUAGAACAGCAGAAGUGGAGUAUAGAUUUUAAAGCUUCAAGGACUCAGACCCCACUGUGCUGUGGACCGGAGAGGAGCCAUGGAGUCCUGGACAAGGUGCAUCUUCUCUUGCUGCAGAUCCUGACAGGGGGACGUGGAGAUAUAUUGCCUCCAGUGUGUGGCCACUUCCGAGAUGCUGGAAAGAUCGUGGGUGGCCAAGAUGCUCUGGAAGGACAAUGGCCUUGGCAAGUCAGUCUGUGGACAGUGGAAGACGGCCACAUCUGCGGGUGCUCCCUCAUCCACGAGGUGUGGGUGCUCACCGCUGCCCACUGCUUCCGCAGGUCUCGGAACCCUAGCUUCUUCCACGUGAAGGUUGGAGGACUGAGGCUUUCCCUUCUGGAACCCCAGUCAACCUUAGUGGCCUUGAGGAGCAUCUCUGUGUAUCCCACCUACCUCUGGGAAGAUGCAUCUAGCGGAGACAUUGCCCUGGUGCAGCUGGACACUUUGCUGCAGCCCUCCCAGUUCACUCCUGUCUGCCUCCCAGGAGCCAAGGCUCCUCUUACCCCUGGGACUGUCUUCUGGGUAACAGGCUGGGGGGCCACCCAGGAAAGAAACCUGGCGAGUGUCCUCCAGGAGUUAGCUGUGCCUCUCUUGGACUCAGAGAAGUGUGAAAAGAUGUACCACAUCCGGGAGACCAGCCUGUCAGGGAAGCAAGUUAUCCAGUCAGACAUACUCUGUGCAGGCUUUGUAGAAGGCCAGAAGGACUCCUGCCAGGGUGACUCUGGGGGACCACUCGUCUGUGCCAUCAAUGGUUCUUGGACCCAGGUUGGGAUCACUAGCUGGGGUGUUGGCUGUGCUCGUCCAUACAGGCCUGGCGUCUAUACUCCGGUGCCAGUCUACCUAGACUGGAUUCAGAGGACUCUGGUGGAGAACCACUCUGAUGCCUGCGGGUGCCACUCCCAAGCCUCUGGGGCAUACCAAAUACUGCUGCCAGUGUUGCUGGCCUUUGCCUUACCAGGGGCCCUGGGAACCGUGAGCGCUACAGUUCUGGAUCCUCUUCUGCUGGGCUUGGAGACUCAGAGGCUCAGACGACACUGA